CCUUUGGGGCAGUCGCUCCGAUUCGCCGUAGCCAGUGGGACACGGCUCCUGCUCGUCCAUCGACACAGCAAACUCGACAAUUCGUUGACGAGCCGACACGACGUUUGCCGUCGCGUGAGCCGCACAUCGAGAGCAUCCCGAUUCGGAUCGAGCCCCGCGUCGAGAACGGCCGCUGCGUCCCAUCGCUGGCAGAGCAAACUCGAAUCGGAGGACCUCCACUGAGAAGCGAUCACAAUGGCAACGAACGUCGGCGGUUUGGUGGCGGUCAUCGUGUUUUACAUCGCCAUCCUGGCGACGGGCGUGUGGGCAUCGCGGAAGUCCAGAAAGACGGAGAAGCGAUCCAAAAGCACGCGGAGCGAGAUGGCCAUGGUUGGGGACCGCAAAAUGAACGUAAUCGUCGGGAUCUUCACGACCACAGCCACGUGGGUUGGAGGGGCUUACAUCAACGGCACGGCGGAGGUCAUAUAUACGCCCGGAAUGGGCUUAGCGUGGAUGCAGGCUCCCAUCGGCAGUGCUGUCAGCCUAUUUGUCGCCGCGCUCUUCUUCGCAAAGCCCAUGCGCUCACGCACCUACAUCACGAUGAUUGACCCCUUUCAAAUCAAGUACGGAAAGUGGAUGGGGUCAAUCUUCUUCAUCCCGGCAGUCUUCGGAGACCUCUUCUGGGCAGCCGCCACUCUCACCGCGCUUGAAAAUUCCGCACCACAUCAGAGAAUGCAUUCCAAGUGCUAG